CGGCCGUCCGUCCGCCGCCGCGCCAUGAUCCGCGGCGCCUGGCUGUCCCCCCGCGGGGGCGCCGGCGGCGGGGCGGUGUGCUGCGCGCCGCGCCGCAGCGACAAGCCGGCGGCCGACCCGGAGCGGGCGCAGAAAUGGCGCCUGUCGCUGGCCUCGCUGCUCUUCUUCACCGUGCUCCUCUCCGACCAUCUGUGGCUCUGCGCCGCCGCCAAGCUGCGCGCCCGGGAGCGGAGCGGCGCCGGGCGGCCGAGGGGCCGCGGGCCCCGGGCGCUGGCGGGCGCCGAGGCGGCGGCGGCGGCGGCGGCGGGCGGCGGCUGCGAGGCCUUCCUGGGCAACCUGAGCCGGCCGCCCGCCGCCGCCGGGCCCUGCCCCGCCGCCCGCGGCGACCUGGACUCGGCCUGCGCCCGCCUGCACUCGCUGCAGCGCCUGCUGGGCUCCUUCGCCGGCGUGCCCGCCGGGCCGCUGCUGGCCUCGGCCCCGGCGCGGAGGACCUUCCUGCAGGCGUACUUCGGGAACUUGAACCUCUCCUUUUGUGAUACUUACACGAUCUGGGACCUGCUGCGCGAGAUGGCCGGCCCCGACAGCCUGGACUGCAGCCUGGACAACCUGAUGGUGGACUUGGUGGCGGCCGCCGCCGGGGCGCUGGGCGGGGAGGCGUGUAGCAGCUGCGUCCAGGCGUACCAGCGGCUGGACCAACACGCUCAGGAAAAAUACGAGGAGUUCGACCUCUUGCUGGAGAAAUACCUGCAGUCGGACGAGUACUCGGUCAGAUCCUGCGUGAGGGACUGCAAGGCUGUCUACAAGGCCUGGCUGUGCUCCGAGUAUUUCAACGUGACACAACAACAGUGCCGACACCGGAUCCCAUGCAAGCAAUACUGCCUGGAGGUGCAGACCAGGUGCCCGUUUGUGUUACCGGACAAUGACGAGCUGAUCUACGGAGGUUUGCCUGGCUUCAUCUGUACGGGGCUGCUGGAGACCCAGCUGCCCGAGGAGGAGGCCAAGUGCUGCGAGGUGCAAUGGGACUCCUGCGACCACCCCCCAGACAGCAACUACAACACAUCCCCCAAAUCCACGGCGUCAGAGUCGCUCCAUUACCACCGCCACGACCCCCACCUCCAUCACCAGCGGCAGAACCACUACCACCUCUACCACCACCACCACCACCACCAGUACCACCACUCCCCGUCCUUGCUGCCGGUCUCCGCAGGGUCUCGCCUGGGCAGCAGCAGGCUCAGGCUGUGCGUGCUGGUCCUGAUGCUCCUCCACACCAUGGUGUCCUUCUCGAGCGUGCACAGCGGCGGCGGGGGGCUCAGCCUGGAGGCCCUGCCCGCCCUGGACGAGAGCGCGGCGCGGGACGAGUGACACGGAGGGGGGAGCCGACCUCCGAGAACGCCAGAUCUUUUUCCACGAAGGGGGGCACAUGCUAUUCCUCCAAUGGGAGGCACGGGAUUGGGGGUGACGCACACACACACACCCCCGCACAUACCCCCAAGAGCUGCUCGCCGCGGGGCAUCCCCGUGAUGAAGAGUCUCUAAUGCGCACAGGGCUGCGGGACUCGGCUUUGAGAAGGGUUCGGUCAGGAGCAGCCGGGCGGCUGGGCGCAGGAGGGGACGGGGCAGGGGGAGCAGAGGGGACGGGGGAGCAGAGGGGACGGGGUCCCCCCCUCGCAGGAGGUGGCCCCGCGGGGCUGCCACGCACCUCCCGGCCGCCUGCCGCGAGUGCCUUGGGCGCCCGCACCUUACCCGCCAGCCAAAUGCCAAGAGUUUGGAAAUCAGCCUGACCCCCGUUUUCUAUUUCUCCUCCGUCCGUAACGCCCCGCACCCUGCCGUCCCGAGUGGCCGGGCGGGAUGGAGGCAGCACCUCUCUGAAAAUCCCUGUCCUCCCUUCCCAUCCCCGGAGAAAACCCCGCUGGUGCAAGGCGGCCCCUGCGUGGGCUGGCCGGGCUCCUCCUGCUGCUGGUGGGGCCGGUGGGACUGGAGGGCGCUGCACCAUGGGGCUGGUGUCCCCACGUCCCCACCUGCUCCUCCUGCUCAGGGAGGUGGGGAGGGAGCGUGGAGCAGGAGGGACGUCCUGGUGCCCCCCGCUUUGCGAAGUGUCCCGAUGGUUUCGUUUAACCUCUCUCGCUCUCUUUCCCCGCGGGAGUGGCUGGUCUCGGAGCGGAGGCAGGGAGACGCGGCUCUCGCAGUGCGCAGGCGAAGCCGAGGGAGUCUUCAGCUCGUGGUGGGACCAGGCGUGGUAACAAUUGGAUGAAAGGCUUCCGAAGGCAUCCGUCCCUGCUUCGCGGCUGCAAAUCAUCUACUGGAUGGCAGAAGGACCGGGCAGAAGGGCUGGCGAAAUCUGGCUGGUAGGGAUGGUCUCCCACACAAAGAGGAGGCGCUAAUAAAGCCCAGCUGGGGAAGGGAGUUCUCGCGACUGCUUUUUAUCACUGGAUGCCCCCCAGAUCAGAAACCUUCUAGGAGCCCAGCUGGGACAGCGGGACGCGGUCGGGCAAGGUGCUGGCUGGUGCAGCCCGAAUUGUCUCACUUUUUUCCUCUUAACCUGAGCUGAACGUUUCCAGCCGUUCAUCAGGUCCCCCCUCUGCUCAGAAACUCCCAAAUUCUCCAUCCACCCACCAGGAUCUGCUCGCGGGGCGGCCCCGGGGGGACGGUGCCACUCGUCAGGCACCCGAGGUGAGAGGGGUCCCGUGGGCACGGGGCGAACACUGAACACUGGGGUGGGUGCACGGAGGCUGCUUUCCCGACGUUUCCAGCCCAUUUCCAGACCAAAGAGGCUCUGAAAAGCAGCUGAACGUUUGACGUCUGCUUUGACUUGAAGCUCCGAGCUCCGGGGAGGUGUUUGCACGUUACCUGUGACCAAAGCCCUGCAGAUGCGAAGCCCGGGGGCUCGUUGUCAUUGGUAUCGGGCUGGAGAGCUUGCGUUCGUGGAAGAAGCAGAGUGUGUCCCGAGCGGAUUUUGCUGCUGUUGCUGCCCGGAGUAGGUAGGGCGGAUCUUGUCUGAAAGUUCCUAACGGCAUCCCUACGUUUUCAGCCAAGUUUACGCCUGUCGGGGAACCUGGACACGCCGCGGUUCAGCAAGCAGGAGCGCGGCUCCUCCGUUUGUUGCUGAAAAAUCGAGUUGUGUCGCUGCCUUGAUGAAUCGCGAGAGCCUACAGCUAGACCAAAGGAGGGAGCGCAGCCGUGUUCCUGCCUCGAGACGGCCGGAUCCAGCUCGUCCUGAAGGAAAUUAGAUUUUUCGUGCGCUGCCAAGAGUUAAGCUAAUUCCAGGCGCCUCUUUCGGAGAUAGGCUGCGUCCAAUCUCGGAGCGGCUCAUCUCGGAGAGAAGAAUAGCCCAGUGUGGUGCGUCAGCGAGCGGCCCUGACUCACCGGCCCUGCUCAUUGUCUGCCGCAGAGCCUGCUCGGGGGCCUCGCAGCCCCCAGCCCGCGGACAGCACGGCGAGGGGCGCGGGGCCGGGCGAGGAGCGGUGCCCGGGCCGGGUGGCCCCGCGGUGCUGAGCGCGGGGAGCCGGCCGGCCCCAGGUGGCCGAAGGAGGCUCGCUCGCCGCGCCAGCCCCAGGGGCUGGGAUUUUACCUAGUGUGACUGGAAGGAAAGUGCUGAGUCUUCACAGAGCGAGGCUGUUGGAAGGAGUUCUUUUAUUUAGCAAGUCUGGGCUGCUGUCAAUAAGUCCUGUGGUUUUAGGGCACCAUAUGCUGUAUUCAACACUUUGCCAAUCUCGUUAAGUGGAUCCAGACGAGGCUGUUCACAGAACAGGACGGAGCAGCUGGAAGCGGUGUACGUUGCAGUCCAUCAUUACGGGGCCGUCAGAUAAAAAUCUUCUCCCCGCUCUGACAUUACAACUCCAAUAAUCCUCUCGAUCGGCUUUCCCUUUGCUACGCGAGAGAAGAGCCCAGAAAGGAGGCUCUGGCGUUGCCUCCGUCCAUCCCGCUGGCGCUGCUCCCGCUGCAGCGUGGCGUGGACGUGCCUGGGGCGAGGAGGAGCCCUUUGCAGAGCAGCUCCGGGUGCAGCCCCCUGGGAGGACACCCACCCCAGAUGGCUUUGUCCUCCUGGGAAUUAAACCCGAGGUGCUUUCUCCUUUCCCUUCCGGCCCAGUGAUCCCGUUCCUUCUCCCAUUGAAGGCACCAUGCGGGAGGCUGGCUGUGCACGGCCCAACCUCUCCCCCAGCCCCCGACCUCCUUGCCCCCCUCCGGCAGCGGCGAUGCCCCCCGUGCCCACCCCGGUGUCGGGGCCGCCGGGACGAUGCUCGCGGGCAGCCCGGGCGGCGGGGGAAAGGUGGCCGUGGCCGGCCCCUCUGCAGCAUCAGCCCUGUGUUUUGCACUUUAAUGUAGCUGCCAGUUGUACAAAUUAAUUAAAAAUAACUGAAGAAAAAUCCCAAAGAAAGGCCCUGCUUCCUCUGGUGAAGAUUAAUCAUUACUUGAGCCCUUUUCUUAUGAAAAUGCAGAUCCAUGGUAGCCCCAGGCAAAAGAUUCCCAGGGAGAGCCCUCACCAUUCGUGCUCUGAGUUAGGGAAAUCGCUUUGAAAGCAUCUGACAACUAAAGCAGAACAUGUUGAGUAACUUGGCAACACUCAGAAAACAUCUUGAAAUGGUUUUUGUUCAACACAUUUUGCUUUGCUUCAAUAGGAGAUGUCAGGGCAGUUCAUUCACUGCCACUCAGGACUGCAGGCGAUGCCGGGAGACGGCUCCUCUGCCCUGCCUUUAGAAAAUAAAGAAGGAAAAUGAAAAAUCCCUGAUAUCUGCUGCUCGGCGUGGCGGUGGCACUGCCUGCUGCCACGUCGGUGCGUCCUGGGCAGCCCCGCGGCGCCUGGAAGGGAGGUGGGCAAACGGGGCAUCCUGCAUCCCAACACUGCAUUGCCCUCAGCCAUUUCACGUCGGCCUCUACCCCCAAAAAAUCAUGCUUCGGCUUGUAAUAAGGUAUAAUCUGACACCUAGCUACCACCCCGGAAAGGAAUGCCUACAGAAAUUAAGAGACAAAUUCAGUACAGAAAUAGAUUUGGCAAAAAUCACUACGAAAAUCUAUGCAAUACGGCCAACGAUUUUGUUUAUAGACUUUUUGAGCUGCCCUGUGGAUUUCCAUCCACAGCAGUAUAAAUCUCCCUUAAAUUACAUCCGAAAGCUGAGGGAGGGCAGUUUCUGAUGUGAAUAACGACCCGCUGUAGGCUGGAAGGUGCCCAGGUCGUGGUCCCCCCGUCCCUUCCCAGCAGAAGCCUGCUCCACGCUCCUGGGUCUCGGCAGCUCGGGGGCUCGCACAGGUCCAUCUUGUGCCCUGCCCAAGCACGGCCCAGUCUGUGUUUUGGCAGCGAGGCCCCUCAGCAGCUUUUUCUGGGUGUUUUCCGUCCCGUGUGGCUCUGUGGGUGCUGCUGCCCCUGCACAUUGCUGCAGGGGGGCCGGGAGCAGGGCGCGGGUGACGAGGGCGUCUGGCACUGUGCAGGGGGCUCGGGCGGCACGCAGCGGGAUGCUCUGCUCCGUGCGGGGAGCAACGGGGCAAAGGAAUCACUACAUCCACACACGAAGGUUAAACUCUUUGCAAAUAAGGGUUUUUAAAAAGUGUUGCCUUUUGAAGGUUGCUGGGGUUUUACCCUCUGUUCCCAACCUGCUCGUUGCGUGCCUCCCCCCACCGCGUGCGGGCAGGGUUUGCAAUCCGAGCGCUGAGCUCCCCGAGCCAGGCCAGCUGCUGGCGUUCCCCUAGGAGAAAGCCGAAACGUUGCGGGGGGCAUUUCUCUGGGAUUUUGUAACAGUCCUUUGCACACAGAGCGCAGGAGACGGCCCAUGGGGUGCCCGGGGAGGCCCGGGUGUAGCUGCGUCCUCGGGCUUCUUGUUCCCGUGCAGGAUGGGGCGGUAGCAGCUGUGCGAGGCAACAUCGGCGCUGCCGGUUUUUCCCAAACCCCGUAGCUCCAUUUCCUCGGGUUUAAAUCCUUUACGACCUUCUCUUGCUGCCUCGUUCCCUGGAUCCCCCCAUCGGCUCCGUGCUGCGUGUCCCGACCUCAGGAACAAAGAGCGGUUAGCGCGGAUCAGACCCGCGGGACUCACCCGGGGGGGCUGUGCCCAGGACCCCCCCCAGCCUCACUGGAGGCUGCCGGCAGCCCUGGGUCCCUGCCUCCUGGUGCAGCUGAGCGUGGGGCAGCUGCAGAUCUGCCCUGGUUCCUCGAAACACGGUCUGGAGCGGGUUGCAGCCCCCUUAGCGUUCACAACGGCAUUUUACGGCGAUCCUUCUGCAGACCGGGCAGUCUGCAACUUUGCCUGUUGUAAACUGAAACUCCCCCCCUCCCCCCCCCAAAUAUUACUAUUUUUUUUAAUUGGUUCUGGCUCAUGAAAUUUGGGUUUGGUUUUACCAUUUUUAAAUGUAUUUUUUUGGGAACCGUACGUGCUCGAAUUGCAAAACAAAAAGCCAUUUCAAGCCAGAGAGGUUUUGGGUUUUUUUUAAUUUUGAAACUUGUCAAAACAAGCCAUAUUGAUAAUUAUGACCAAUUUUUUCAAAUUGAGAAAUGUAUCAAGAACAGCCCUUUCCCACAAAAACCUUUCAUUUUCAAAAAAUAAAAUGAAAAAAAAAUCAAUCACACUUUUUCUGCUCGCACAGUUGGAACUGGUGGCAGUGGAUUCGAAGAGAAUAGCAAUUUGUAAGGAAUUCCAACCAGCUCUCCUCAAAAUAGCAUCCAGCCAGUUUCUUGGGGGCAGCGGGCUGAGCGGCGCGGUGCUGAAAGCAAACUGGAGAGCUUCCUUCCCCACCAGGGCUCCUCGGCGCAGGGCAGCGCACCUUGGGAGCUGCUUGGGGAUAUUCCCGACGGGGAACUGACGCCGAGGUGCUGCUGCCUGCAGGGCAGCCUCCCUUUUUCUCCGGGUCCUCAGCUGGUGUUGGAUGCCCCCAGCCAGCCCUCUAAGCAGGCUCUGUUUUCUUUUCCAAACCAAAAUGAAUCCAGCUCCUUCUAGCCUCCGAAGCAUUCAGCCGCCACAGCGAUGGGAAGCCUUCGAACCCGGAGAUAUUCCCACACGUUCAUGGGAGUUUAAAUUUGGAAGAAAUUAAACCCGUUGGUCCGGCAGGGAUACCGCAGAGCGUGUGUGCACGGGGAAAAGCAAACACCACGUUUCAACAAGAACCAUUUUAAGGGAGAGUACUGCAAAGGAGAGAGCCCCAAAGACGGCGCCCCUGCCCGCCUGCCUGGGAGCGGGGAGAAGCGGCGCGGGACGAGGGGACGGGGCGCGGGGGGACCUCGCGGGGACACCGUUGGGUGCGGGCAGAAAGGGCUGUUGGUGACCGAACCCUUCUCAAGUGCUUGUGAAAUGUUGGUGGUUACAGAGCUCAGACCUACGAAAAGGUCCUUUUACAGUACGCGGUGGCGAGGUGAAAAAAAAAACAAACACCAUACUGCUGAAGUCAAAAUAUUCUUUCUAAUCCCCCUGCCCGGUUUCUCUUUCUUUCCAGCUUUCUUCCUCUGCCUUCCUGACCCUCCCUCUCUGUUCCCACCCCCCUUCUGUUUCUCUUUCUCCCCUCUGUCAUAAGAAAGUGACUGUGUCCUCGAGGGGACAGUUUUCUUAUGCCAUUUUAUACACUGUGCUUCAUGUUUAGAACUUUUUUGCACUAGUUCCUAUUACAUUUAUUUUCCAAAAUGGUUUGACAAAAAACAAACAAAAAAAAAACAAAAACAAAAACACAAAACCAUGCUAUAAUUCAGUUGUAUUAAAAAUAUUAUCCUACUACUCUCUGUGUUCAAUAGUCUCUGUACCUGUAAUGCUUUCAGUUCUGUUGUAUUUUGGGGCAGAGGUUUUCUCCGCUCCUUGUUUAACCCAGUAAAGAAAUAAAAUGUUAAGAAUUGAUGA